AUGGACUGCCAGAAAGCAGGAGUGGAUAUCAAACUAGUCACAAGAAAUGAUCUUCCCACCGCUAGAGCCAUAGCCAUUGAAUGUGGUAUUAUUGAUCCAACUCAAGAUGAGACAACAGGAGAAUUAGUGGACCGUCAAAGCUUGCAAAGUAAUGCAGAAACAGAGAUAAAAGAGAAAUGUGGCACAAUCCGUGUGAUGGCACGAGCUUCUACUUUGGAUAAACUUCAUAUGGUCCAAGGCUUGAAACAGAGAGGCCAUGUCGUUGCAGUUACUGGACAUAGCAUCGGGGACGCAACUGUGCUAAGGGAAGCUGAUGCAGGUCUCUCUCUGGGAAUUCAAGGGACUAGCCAAGCAAAGGAGAACUCGGACAUUAUCAUUUUGGACGAUAAUUUUGUUUCUGUAGCCAGAGUAUUGAGGUGGGGUAGAGGUAUGUAUCACAAAAUCCAGAUGUACGCACAGUUCCAACUUUCUGUUAGCAUUGCUUGUCUUGUGAUAGACUUCGUAACAGCAGUUUCUGCUAAAGAACCUCCCACUAUCAAUAUUGUUGCGGCCAUUUCAUCAGGUAAAGUCCCAUAUGCAGCAUUUCAAGUACUAUGGGUGAAGUUGAUAGUUGGUGCAUUGGCUGCACUUGCUAUCACCAUUGAGGAACCACCAGAAGAGCUCAGACAAUUGCCACCAGUCAACCGGGAGCAGCCAUUUAUAACCAGCAUCAUGUGGAAGAAUAUAGUGGGACAAGCUGUCUAUCCUAUCAUUGUUCUGCUGAACAUACAGUUCAAAGGUCAAUCAACCUUCAACCUGGAUGCCAAAAUAAAGGAUACCAUGAUCUUCAACAUCCUUGUUCUCUGGGAGCUCUUUGUCAUAUUCAACAUGAAAAGAGUUGAAGGAAACUUCUUCAAAGGGAUACAUAAAAGGAAAAUGUUUUGGGGUGUAAUCCUAGCGAUAAUUCUUCUUCAGGUAUUGAUUGUGGAACUGUUAAAAGAGUUAACAGAUACAAAGCAACUGUCUUGGAAGCAAUGGAUUAUAUGCAUUGGAAUUUCUGUUCUAGCUUGGCCAAUGGGGUGGCUGGUCGAGAGGAUAGAAUAUCCAUUUUCUUCACAUUUAUAA